CGUCAGGGAGUCGGUUGUCGACAGGGUGUUGCGUUGAGCCUCGCUGAAGCCAUUCCAUCAUCAUUUGUCACUGAAAUCUUUACUUUCGCAAUAAUGGCUGCGCCGUCGGGGAAUGCUGGUUGGGCUCACCUGCGGCAGCAGGCCCGAACAUUAGAGACUCAGACCGAGAACCUAUUCCACACAUACUCGCAGUUCUCCACAGCUACCAACAUCCCGGCGAAGCCUACGGAUGAAGAGCGCGAAACAGAGCAGAAGCUGGAGGAGCUUCUGGAAAAGCGCGAUGCCAGCAUCACCCAACUCUCCCGCCUCCUCGACUCCGAAGCCGCCCUCACAUCAUCCGCCCUCAAGCAGAACAACCUCUCCCUCCUCCGCGAGAAGUUGACCAACCACAAGCGUGACCUGACACGACUGCGGUCGACCCUCCAACAAGCCCGCGACCGCGCGAACCUCCUUACCAAUGUCCGCUCCGAUAUCAACGAAUACCGGACCAACAACCCCGAAGCCGCAGAGGCCGACUAUAUGCUCGAGGAGCGCAACCGUGUAGACAACAGCAACAACAUGGCGGAUAGUGUGCUUAGCCAGGCCUAUGCCGUCAACGACAGCUUCAACCUGCAGCGCGAGACCUUGGCGAGUAUCAACCGCCGAAUCAACCAAGCCGCAGCCCAAGUGCCGGGGCUGAACUCGUUGAUUGGAAGGAUAUCGGCCAAGAAGAGGAGAGAUGGCAUCAUCAUGGGAGGCUUUGUUGCAUUUUGCUUCAUUGUCUUCUGGUUGAUGAUGGGUAUCAGCGUGCAUUUGUUGUACAGUAUGGUGGGGACAUGGGAUAUCUAA